CGCUCUCUCUCUCUAUACACCUCGGCCAGCAAUAACACACGAAAUCGUUCUUUUCUCGGUGAUUUGUUUUGAUAUCGUGCGAAGUCUUUGCGGAACACGGGGCACAAAAAAGGCUCCUCGGAACGUCGGAAGCAGAUAGUUGCACACACAUACACCAUCCCGUUGCCAGUUCAGCUGAAGUUCCGGUUUUAACGCGCCAUGGUAAUGUUGCGCUCGGUGCUGUCCUCCGCCAAGCGCGUGCCGCUGAUCAAGUUCCGCAAGGGUGGCCCGUUCCAGGAGGCGGCCAGCCAUACGGCGGGCGGUGCAGCCGCCAACACAGCCGCUCCAGCGCACGCACGGUCCGUGUCGUCGGGCGAGGCGAUUGAGGAAUGGCAGCUGCCGGCACGCUACCGCAGGAAACCGAUCGAUGACGUCGAGAUGGAUUGCAUUAACCGGGGCGGAGCACCAGCCUAAACCGCUGCUGGUGGGGAGGGCACCAGGCCAGAGCGUAGGUGGUUCCGUCGUGCGUAAUCUCCCCCACCCACCACUCGCCGGAUGGUCCCGAUGGCUUGGCGGUGUUGGGGCACGUGCGUUCCCUAGUCAGUAAAGAGAAAAGAGAGAGUAAAAAACACAAGGCGAUAGCCGGACGGCAAGCGGAAGCAGCACUUAUGCGGCUCUGGUGUAGUUUCUAAAAAGCAAUGUACGUUACAAAACAAAACCCUAUUCUGAAUUGGAGCGGCACUCGAAAUUGAAAACAGUGAGUAACAAAAUUAAACAACCGCAAUUAAUCAGCAGCGGAGGCGAUGAGGGAAGGUUCUUCCGUUUGAUCUACAGGAUGUGCAGCUCUUCAAUCGGCACAACACACGACGUGCAUGCAGGCUACUUUCGUGCUACAAUAAAUAAUUCUAUCUAUAUCAAGAAUGGUGCUAACAGUAA